GCAACCGGAUCCAAAAUUCCAAACUAAGUUUUCCUUGCGCGUGCAGAAAAGGAAAAGAAAACUAGAAGAAAAAAAAAGUAAAAUCUCAAUCCUCACUAUUUUCCAGUUCUCCACGGCACUCUACGUAAAAGCCACACGAUAAGAUAAAUAACAAAUUUGAGAAAUUGAGUUGAUCUGACGUCGAAAUGAAGGAUGUAGAUUCUCUCCCAACAUCCACGACGGCAGCGACGGUAACGGUAACGGCAACGGCGACGGCGACUAGUGCAAAGAAGGAAACCUCUGAUUCUAAUCUAUUUGGUAAGGGCCGCUAUAAAUUCUGGGCUUUAGCUGCCAUUUUGCUUUUGGCAUUUUGGUCAAUGUUCACUGGAACUGUCACUCUUCGUUGGUCCGCCGGCAACCUCAACAGUCUAUCCGAUGACCUUGACGCUCCUAUCCACGACGAUCUCGACGUCCUUGAAAUGGAGGAAAGGGAGAAGGUGGUAAAGCAUAUGUGGGAUGUAUACACCAAUAGCCGUCGGAUCAGAUUACCUCGAUUUUGGCAGGAGGCUUUUGAGGCUGCAUACGAGGAGUUGACUAGCGAUGUCCCUGAGAUUAGAGAUGCUGCCAUUUGUGAGAUCGCCAAGAUGUCUGUCCGCUCCAUUGUUCUCGAUCCGCCGCCCUUUCAAUCAACGAGUGCACAAGAAUUAAACAAGAGCCUGAAGUUAGCAGGGAAAGGUGCGGCUAUUGCAACUUCAAGGAGGAGCGAUGAAUGAUGGUUGAGAAAAUCAAGAACCUUAGGCGUCCAUCUACGUUAUUAUUAUGUAAUGGCAAUUGUACUUAAUUAGGUUCUUGUUCUUCCAAGAUUUUGCUGUCACAAUCUUGUCUUGUGGGUGGACCUUGUAAAACCUUUUUCAGUAGAUAAAUUCAGUGAGAAAUUUUGAUAUUUCUUUCAUAUAAAUUAAUUAAAGUGAAAUAAUUACUUUUUAAUUCG